CAGUUCUGGUUCCGAAUCUUGUGAACCCAAGGAAUGGAACCAAAAUAUAAACAUCUGUAGAUUAUAGGUUAAAUUGUUUUAUAAUAACAAAUGCAGCAAGUUUUCAAUUAAGAUGAGCAACCUGCUGAAUUUCGCUCUGCGCCAGGGCGUCAAUUCCAUUAAGCGGCUUAGUCUUCAGAGUUUCAGGCUGACAGUGCCGGCUAUUGUUACCAAGACGCCGGUUGGUUCCACCAUAAAGAGGUUCUCCUCCCAAACUGCCCCCUUCGAUGUGAGCACCACCGUCCCCAAGGAUAUAAUACUCUUUAAAUAUGAGAACCCGCGAUUCUACACGAUGCUGAACUUUUUCGGGAUCUGUCAGUUUGUUUUCUGGACGUAUCUCUCACAUUUCGCCUUUACGACGCUUAAAGAUGCCCCGGUGGUGGAGAAACCCGGAGAGGAUCUUAAGUGGUUCCAGCGCAUUAAUCUGGGCGAAAAUAAGUACAGAAACGGCAUCACAGCCUGCAGUUUCCUGAUAGGAUAUGGCAUUCUGUUUGCUGUCUGGAUGUUUACCCUUCGUUCGGUGCGUUUUCUCAUCUUAAGGAAAGGAGGUCAAAGCGUUUCAUUUGUAACCUACGGACCUUUCAACCGGAAUCGUAUUAUGACAGUGCCUUUGAAGUGUGUUUCCGCCGAGGAGUCCCGAAACUUGGCCAGGGUGCAGCUACCUAUCAAGGUCAAGGGCAAGACACUGUACUACGUUUUGGAUAUGCGCGGCGAGUUCCGGAAUCCCCAAUUGUUUGACUAUACGGCGGGUUUAAAGCGCCGCAUUUAAACGCUUAGUUGUGUUAUUUUGUAACUUAUUAUUUGUAAAUAAAGAUGUACACUAAUUAAAAUUAAA